GGUGAAUCCUGAACGCAUCCCCCUCCCCGCCUGCACAUGCCCUCCCGCACAUAACAUGUCCAUCCCCCGUACAUAGUAGCACAACUCAUACCACCGCUUUCUGUCCAUCCAUCCACCCACCCCCUAGUCAGCCCGCGUCUUUGUCAUCCUCCCUCCCCCAUGUCAGUAGCCCAGGAAGAUGGCCAGGCCGGCGCCGCGGCUGAGAACGCAGGGGAAGACGUCAAGCCUGCAGAUAUACCCCAAGGAGGUGUCGUCAAUGUGAAGGAUCUGCCCUAUAUGCUGGAUUCUGCCUUCCCUCCCUCCUACCGAGGCCAGUCUACGACCAGCAGCACCGCCGCCACCCCCUCACUCUCCCCCAUGCCGACCUUCUCAGACUCUGACCAGGGCCACUCGAAUGGCGCCCCUCCUCUCGCCUCCGCUGUGGCAAACCCCAGCGGGGUCAUCGACCAUCACGUCUUGUCUCCUAUUCCAUCCAGCCAGUCGUCUGCAAACCCCGAGCAGCCUCAUCCCGCAGGCAAUGGCCCCGAGGGCACUUUUCCUUUCCCCAACAUCCGCCCCAUCCCUACAGCUUCAAAUACUCCCAAUAUGCCUACAUCGAGGUCAUUGACUUCAGACGGCCCUUCUUCACGAGCCUCUCGCGCCAACUCUGCACAGGGGCAUGUGGUUGCUCCCAUGCCCCAGCGCCAUGACGCCUCCGCCCCCAGUGUCCGCUCCGCUUCGGCGGGUAAUCACGAACAGCGCGAGGGCAAACCCGAGGUCUCUACCAGACCCAGCAGGUCUAGCUCAGUCGCCAAAGCGGGUGAUGGAAAAAAGUCGUUCUUCCACAAAAUGUUUCACCCUGGGGACGCAAAGGCCACAGACAAGUCCAAGCUGCACCUGGACUUGCCUCGCGAUUCGCCUGCGAAUGGAAGCGUAAGCGGGCGUCCCAGCCCUGGUGUGUCUGCUGGUGCAUCACCUCCUCUCACCCCCAAUGUCUCUGACGACUCGAGGCCGCCUUCGCGGGCUGGCAGUCGAGCGCCUAGCGUUAAAAGACAAAACUCGGCUAUCGGCGAUGUCCAGCCUGUUAUCGACCGCAAGGGCGCAGCUACGCCUCCUGUUGCGCCGCCUCAACCACAAAGACGUCUCUCGCAACGCUCCAAUGGCUCGCCCAACCGCAAACCUGCGGCCGCGCCUGUGGCAGCGAAAAAGGAUGACGCUGGUGCUCACAAAUUCACCCUCAAGGACCUUGUUGGGCUGGGCGAGAGCAACAAGAUGUCGAGAAAGGCGUCCGGGGCCGGAUCCGCACGGGGUUCAGACCGUGGAUCCACAAGAGGAAGCGAAGCGGGCGAUAAUGCCAGCACCGCCUCUCUCCUCAAAAAGUAUGGUGUCUGUGACCGAGCGGCUAUCGGGAAAGGUGCCACUGCCAUCGUUCGUCUGGCACACAAGUGGGACAGGCGAGAGGAAAAGCUCUACGCCGUCAAGGAGUUUAGAAAGAGGCGCAAGAAUGAGACGGAGAAGGACUAUGUCAAGAAACUCACUUCGGAAUUCUGCAUCUCCUCCACCUUGCACCACGUCAAUGUCGUCGAGACUGUCGAUCUUGUCCAAGACGAGGCGCAUCAUUGGUGUGAGGUGAUGGAGUAUUGCCCGGGUGGCGAUCUCUACGCUGCCAUCAAGAAGGGAGGCAUGUCCAGUGCCGAAGUCGAAUGUUCUUUCAAGCAGAUCCUGCAGGGUAUUGCCUACCUUCAUUCCAUGGGUGUAGCGCACAGAGAUAUCAAGCCUGAGAAUCUGUUGCUCGAUGGACGAGGACAUGUCAAGAUCACCGAUUUCGGCGUAUCUGACGUCUUCCGGAUGUGUUGGGAGAAAAAGACCCACUUGAGUAAGGGUCUGUGCGGUUCAGAGCCUUACAUUGCGCCAGAGCUUUUCGAGCAAAAGGGUAAGUAGCCACAUGCGUCCUCCAGCUUUGCUGACUUGCUUCAGAAUACGACGCGCGUAUGGUCGAUGUAUGGGCCGCCGCCGUCGUCUUCUACUGUAUGCAAUUCCAAGAACUCCCUUGGAGAGUCGCCAAACCCAGCGAUUCUACCUUUGCUGCCUACGUACAGGCCUACAAGCCUCCUGCCUCUGUUGAGGGCUCCCACACUCCCGUCCAUCAUGGCACUCCUGCUCCGCUCAACAAUCUCAUCCCAAGAGAAUGUAGGAACGUCGUCAAGCAUAUGCUUGAUCCCGACCCCAAGACGAGGUGGACAGUGGAGGAGGCGUUGAAGGACAAGUGGUUGGCAGGUGUGCAGGUGUGCUGGGAAGCCGAAGGGGGCGCCGGUCAUUCGCAUACGACUGCGGGGAUGGAUGUGGUGAAGAUCUAGAUGGGAGGCAGAGAGAUCUUGGAGAAUGAUUACCGUUCAUUCUCAUCUUAGUAGUUUCCAUAACGAAUGUAAAUAGUAUACGAGUCGUCGCAACGGCGUCAUGUCAUACGGGGUCGUUCCAACUUGUUCGGUAUAUUGCAAUGUUUCUACCUGCCCCUGGAUCGCAGGAAGUGAUACGUACGGCAAGGAAGUGUAUCCACGGUCUGAUUCUUGAUACUCUAUGGGCUUCCGUACCAUAAAGUCCAUGCAAGCGAUCGUAGCUAUCGAUCAAUACCGUCUCAGAGACCAAACGGGUGUCUUUGACUUCAUGAAUAUUUCUGCCCACGGAUACUACAGAGGCCACAGACGUACUCUACAGGAACCAGACCAAACGUUGAGGACUAGCAAGCUGGCACGAGCUGUGGAAGAGUGACCGACCCCAAAAACCCCAAAGAGCAGCGGGUCGUCGCUCCUUGAGGGAUAUAGUCGAGCUCGAGACAUACAGUUGGGAUGCCGGAAUAUGACUGCACCUCCCGGGAAUAGGAAUAGCUUUCCGGGUGGAAAACGCUU